CGGUACAAGCUCAUCAGCGCCACCUCGCUCGCGUUCGUCAUCUGCAACAUGGACAAGUUUUCAGGUUAACUUGAGUGUUGCGAUUAUACCUAUGUCACACAAGUAUGGUUGGAAUUCAUCGACUGCCGGAUUAGUUCAAUCGUCAUUCUUUUGGGGUUAUGCUCUGAGUCAACUGCCAGGUGGAUGGCUGGCAAAAUUGUUUGGUGGAAGGAGAGUGCUUGAGGUCGGAGUUGUGGUAUGGUCUUUGGCAACUGCCAUUAUUCCUGCUGUAGCAGGGUUUAUGCCAGGGCUUGUGUUGUCAAGGAUUCUGGUAGGUAUUGGAGAAGGUGUAUCGCCAUCAGCUGCUACAGAUUUGAUUGCAAGGUCCAUUCCUGUUCGAGAACGAUCAAGAGCAGUUGCUGUUGUUUUUGGAGGUUUGAGCUUUGGAAGUGUCUUAGGACUUCUGUUCGCCCCUCCCAUUAUUCAGAACCUUGGCUGGGAAUCUGUCUUUUACAUAUUUGGUCUUCUUGGAAUUAUUUGGUGUCUAGGGUUUCAAUCUCUUAAAGAACAGUUAAGUGGCAGUGAAGACAUAUUGAAUUUGGGGCAAAGUCCUGCUGGAUCAAGUGACCUCAUCUCAUCAAAAUCAUCAGAGUCAUCAUCGGAAGAGCUGAUAAAUUCAGUAAAGGAUGUUCCUUGGAGAGAAUUCUUCAAAAGCAAGGCAGUAUGGGCAAUGAUAUAUGCUCACUUUUGUGGAAGCUGGGGGCACUAUACUUGCUUGUCUUGGCUACCAACAUUCUUUAGUGAGGAGCUGGACCUGAAUUUGACUGAAGCAGCAUGGGUGUCAGUCCUUCCUCCUCUGGGCUCAAUGAUCAUUACAUCUAUUGCAGCAACUUUCGCAGACAACUUGAUAUCAAAUGGAGUAGACACUACAAAGGUACGGAAGAUAUGUCAAACAAUUGCAUUUCUGUCGCCUGCAACUUUCAUGAUGCUUUCCUCUGUGGAUCUUGGACUGCCACCCUGGGAGAUCGUUCUUUUUCUUACAAGUGGUCUGGCACUUUCCAGCUUCGCAUUGUCAGGUCUUUAUUGCACCCAUCAAGAUAUCUCUCGUGAAUAUGCAAGCAUUCUCCUGGGCAUCACAAACACUGUAGGCGCUGUACCUGGAAUUGUUGGUGUUGCACUGACAGGCUAUCUUCUUGACACAACUCAUUCUUGGAGCAUAUCACUUUUCGCACCUUCAAUCAUUUUUUACCUGACAGGGACUAUUGUCUGGCUAGCAUUUGCCAGCAGUGAGCCUCAGGAGUUUUCCAGUUCCAAGUCAGAAUCGGAGUCGUGAGUCAUGGCUUGGAGGGUACAUUGUCUGUACAAUUCCAGAGGGUAUCAGUUUCGUCAGCUCUACUUCGCCCGGCAAACUGGAUAUUUUGACGUCAGAUAGGAGAAUACAGCUCAUAUAGGGGAAAAAAAUGUGUAAAUGCAUAUUGGCAUUUUUUUUGGCCAAUUGUAGUAUAGGCUUUUUUUGGCAAUUCCGUUGCACGUUCUGACACAAUUUUGUAACGGUAGAGGUGUAUCGCAGUUGGUCUGCAGCAGUAAUAUCCCAGACAACUGUAGAAAAUGUAAAUUUAUAGAAUCACAUCUUUGGGUAUUAGAAAGUAAUUUGUAGAAUCAUAGGACAUCUUUGGUUAUUAGAAAGUGCGAAACAUCAAUGGAAUUCAUUAAACUUACAUGACGUGCUUUUACCAGCUCAAUAAUGGAUAAAGACAUAAAGGUACU